CUGGGUUCCCCAGGCAGAACUCACACUGUGCCAUGGACUCCAUGUUCGAGGACGACAUCAGCAUCCUGACACCAGAGGCUUUGGGGCCGGAUGAAGACUGGCUGGACAGCCCCAACACCGACCUGUCGGGGGAGAUGUGCUCCGCGUCCCAUUUCGCCCUCAUCACUGCAUACGAUGACAUCAAGAACCGCCUGAGCGGGCUGGAGAGGGAGAACUCCACUCUCAAACGGCGCCUGAAGAUGUAUGAGGUCAAGUGCCCACUGCUCGGCGAGUUCGGAGAGGAGCACAUCUUCUCCAUCUAUGAGGCCAAGGAGACGUCGCUGCUCAAGAGUGAGAAGGCAUCGCUGCAGCAGCAGCUCAACCAGUUCCAGCACGAGCUGGAGAAGAGCAAGGAGCGCGAGGAGCAGCUGGAUGAGAUGAUCCAGGCCUAUGAGAAGCUGUGUGUGGAGAAGGCAGACCUGGAGUCAGAGCUGGGCGAGAUGCGGGCGCUGGUGGAGACGCACCUGAGCCGCAUCCGGAGCCUGGAGCAGCAGCUGCGGCAGCGCGAGAGCAGCCCUUUCCCUGGGGUUGGCCCGCUGCCUGGCCAGGAGGUGCCUUUUCUCUCCCUGCACUCCAACCCUGGCCUCAGCCACGUGCUGGAGCGCCCGGGGGGGUGGCCGAGCCGUGGGCUGGAGGCUGAGCUGGAGGCAGCGCGGCAGGAGGCGCAGCGUGCGCAGCACCGCGAGGAGCACCUGAAGGCUGAGUGUGAGCGGCUGCAGCUGGAGCUAAAGCACCUGCAGGACAGCCGGCAGCAGGAGCAGUCAGAGCGGGACAUGGCCUGGGUGAAGAAAAUGGGCGAUGACCAGUAAGUGUCUGCAG